AUGGCGGAGCGGCGCGACGACGUGAUGGAGUCGCUCUUCGGGGCCGACUCGGACGGCUCGGGCGACGAAAAGGGCAGCCCUGCGCGCUCUGGCGACGAUCGCCCACGUCGCAGCUUGAGUCGCUCGGGCAGCGAUGCGAGUGCGAAGGAGCCACGUGGCAGGCGAGGGAGCGGCUCGGGUGACGACUGGGACGAUCGCCGAGAGGGUGGGGAGAGUGGGGAGAGGACGGAGAAGAGGGCGGAGGGGCGGAGAGAAGAGAUGAACGGGGGAAGCGGGGGGGAAGGCCGUGGGGGGAAUAGGAAGGGGAGCGACGAGGAAGAGGGGGAGCGGGUGCGAAACCAGGCGGCACAGAGGCGGAGAGGGGGGCGACAGGUGAUAGAUGAUGACGAUGAUGAUGAGGAUGGGGAGAGAGGGGGGGCGGGAAAUGAGGGCGGUGGGCGGAGGAGAGGCGGGUUUGGGGGGAGGCAAGGGGGCAUGGAGGAGGAUGAGGAGGAGUUUGAGGAGAGGCAGGAGGAGAGGGGCCGCUCGCGGUCUCCCAAGCAUCGCCACUCCCCUCGCUCUCCCAGGUAG